AUGACAGCCUCGGGGAUUCUUGCAUUCACGGACAUGAAUUGGAUCACGGAGAAAGAAUGUCGAGACUUCUACUGCAGUAUACCACUGUUUAAUAAUGCCUCAGCCUCCACCAUUUGCCACCAAGACAGUCAUUUAUGGACGAUUAUCCAAAGGAGAUUUGAUGGAUCCGUGAACUUUAAGCAAAACUGGACACAAUAUCAAAGAGGAUUUGGCUCACCUGACUCCGAAUUCUGGAUAGGUAAUGAAAACAUACAUCACCUAACAAAUGAAGGAUAUACACAUCUUAGGAUUGAGCUGAUGGAUCAUGACUGCGUUUGGAAACAUGCAGAGUAUAGUACCUUCUACAUCGAAGGUGCGACUUCAGAGUACAGAUUACACGUAUCGGGCUAUUCCGGAAAUGCUGGGGACAGUUUUCUCUACCACAACGACAUGCUCUUUAGCACCUUUGAUAACGACAACGAUAGGAACCCUGGUUACAACUGCGCCCUUGGUAGAAUGGGAGGAUGGUGGUAUAAUUCUUGUCAUAGAUCUAACCUUAAUGGUGAGUACGGGAACACGGACAACUCAAACGGCAUCAACUGGUACGCCUGGAGAGGAUUCUAUUAUUCCAUGAAGGAAGUGAGGAUGAUGAUAAGAAAACCCUGA